UUACCACUUAUAAGUUAUACCGUUAUUAUUAACAAAUUAUCAAAAACUAAAUAUUGAAAAAUGCAAAAAUUGUCUGAGAAAAUGAACGUGACACUUAAAAGGACUACCUGGUACAUAUUGUAUAUGAUAGUUACAUUUUGUAUUUACUUACCUAAUUAAAAUGUAAGCAAUAAAAAACGAAAUGGAUUUCCGCUGCAGUAGAUCAUCUCCCUGUGCAUGGCGGAACAUACAGUAUACACCCAAUUCUGCCAAGGGUGAGACUGUUACUAUGGGAACUAUCAACAAAACAAACCUGAGGUUUUCAGCUUAAACUAUUAUACAAAAAGCCAGCACAAGCACUGAAUCAUGUCGGUGCGCGUAGUUUAUAGUAAAUCAUUUGGAGUCAAGUACAAAGCUUCUGUUUGUUCUAAGGCAUUUAUUUUAUACGUCGUUAUAACGUUAUUAACUUUUACCUUGCCGUUGCUAUUUUGCUAUCGAAGUAGUGGACUAUGGAUUAAGUACGAGAAAUACAGAGAACAGCCUAUGGUACAAUUUAAGUUGCAGUAUUUGUUAUAUGCUGAAACAUCUGAUCCCACGUCUCCCUUGAUCUGCGGAAAUUUUCCUCGGACGUUGAAAACUGCGGGUUUUUGUUCAACCAUCAAGGUUGUAGAAGAAGACAUUAACAUUGAUGGGAAAAAAGAAUUUCUGGAUUUGGAGUUAUACUUGACUAUGAAUGAAACGUUAGAUGUACAUUCUAUAACUUUAUUGCUGAUAUUUGAUUUCAAAAUACAAGAUUUGUGUUUGCUUGAAAUGGAAUCCAUGGCAGUUAUAACUCACGGUUCUGGAUUGCCAGGUGGCAGACUGGACGUAUUUGGUGAUUUAAAUUUGGUACAAAAAACACCCUUAGUAUGUACACCGAGGAAACCUAUUCGUAUGAAUAGGCCUAUAUUGUUAUUUGAAUCUCCUGACUGGCUGGUCAACAUAUACGAGGAAUACUCAAAACGAACUCUUUCUACUAAAUUGGAUAACGUUUUAGUGAAGUGGACAAGAGGUCGACCUUAUCGACAGCCAUUUUUAAUUAAAACGAAAAUAAACUACGGUUCUGUGGAGAUUUUGUACAAACCAAAGUUUUGGCAAGUAAUGAAGUGGGCAUGGAUACAAUACUUUUCAAUACUCGUGUUAUCAGUAUUUAUAUUUAAAAAAGUUAAGCGGUUUUUAUUCACAAAUCAUAUAGUUACUACGAAAAUCGAACGUUCAACUUAAAGUAACCUUUAAUCGUCAUAUAUUACUUUUUGUUUUAAUUACCUAAUGAAUUUAAUUUUAAUAAUAUAUUUAUGAAAUAGGUAGUUGAAAAA